ACAAUGAAUGUUAAACGCGCGUUGUAUAUAAGCGAUCGUUCGCCCGCCACACAACGACCGACCCUGUGGCCUAAUGGAUAAGGCGUCAGCCUCCGGAGCUGAAGAUUGUGGGUUCGAGUCCCAUCAGGGUCGAAACUUUGGCGUCAUUUUACAAAUAGGUAAUUUAUUUUUCAAUUUUACACGAUUGUUGCAUCAACUUGCGUGUUAAGACCAAGGAUUUAAAUCCCAGCGAAGAAUUCGACGUUUUAUGACGUAACACUAUGUUUUAUUAAAACAUAAAACACUACGUUUUAUGACGUCACAAGUUAAAUAUUUGAUCUCGAAGAUUCGACGCGAAAGAAAUUGUUUCAUUUGAAGUUAAAACAACAUUUAGCGACGACAUCGCUUUAAAUAUUAAGGCGAGAGAAUUAGAGAAAAAGGCAAGGGUUGCCAUCAUAAUGUAUCGGUGGUUUAGUUUUGGGGACGCAAGGUUAGGUUGGGUUGAGUUAUGAACGUUACGCAACGUUAAGUUGAGUUAUGAACGUUACGCAAGGUUUUACAGCUGCAGACGAUGGUGAGUCGGCCGAUUAAUUAUAAUCAAGUUAUAAUGAUAUAUGUUACAGAGGCGAUGGAUUGGAGCGUACUGUUGUUGAUCCCUCUCAUUCUUAUGGUCGCAACAGGCAAUGUGUUGGUUAUUAUAUCGGUAUGGCUGGAUCGGAGGCUGAGAAGUUCAACCAAUUAUUUCCUAACAUCGCUAGCUGUCGCUGAUUUAUUGGUGGCUGUAGUUGUUAUGCCGCCGAGUCUAGCAAUGAUAGUCAACAAUUAUGUUUGGCCUUUUCCCCCUCAAUUAUGUGGUGUAUGGACAAUGUUGGACGUUUUCUUCAGCACCGCAUCAAUAUUGCACUUGUGUUUAAUAUCAUUGGACCGUUAUGUUGCAUUAUCUCGACCAUUCAGCCACCGCAGAAGCGAAUCGUCGCUGGUUGGUCGAAUAAAGUUGGGGAGUUACGAGAAGCCACGCGUUACACGAAGUAUAGGAAUCCGUAUCUUUAUAGUUUGGGCCACAGCCUUCGUUAUUGCAGUUCCACUGCCUAUAUUGGGUGCAAGUGACCGUGACAACUUAUUUAUUGGUGAUAUGUGCGCGAUAAACGUGCCCGAGUUCGCUGUGUUUGGAUCACUAGUAGCCUUCCUCCUACCAUUGGUUAUAAUGUUCGUAAUGUACACGCUAACAAUCCUCGCGCUUCGAAGGCAAGCCAAACUUAUAACGAACGCUAUGACACAAAGUAGCGACGAAACCAUGAACCCGAACCAUGGUAAAUAUUCAUCGGUAAGAGAAGCUAUCAACCAAAUACAAACUCUGCUCGGGUUCGGCGUUGUAAUUCAACCUGAUGGCGUCAAACCAAUGACAUCACAUGCAAGCAGCACUAAACGAAUCUACCGAAGCAAAAAUUCAACAAGACGAUUAUCUAGUUCGUUUAAACACCGAAUAAUGGCGAAUAUCAACAACGAACAACGCGCGUCUAAGGUAAUUAUGACAAUACGUGGUUAUGACGUCACAAGUACAUAUUUACAGGUGCUGGGUUUGAUCUUCGUUUUGUUUUGUUUGUUUUGGAGUCCUUUCUUUAUAACCAACGUAGUCAGCCAUCUUUGCCAAACAUGUAACCAACAACUAAUGGGACAAUGCAUGAAUUGGUUUGUAUGGGUUGGUUAUGUUUCAUCUGGCGUCAACCCGUGCGUAUAUACUUUGUUCAGUCGAAGGUUUCGGCAAACUUUCCUUAAUAUAUUACGCGGUCGAUGCUUACGUGUCAAUCAACUGCAACGGGGUGGGUUAAGGUCGUCAUGUGAAGCUACAGGGGGGAGUGUUAAGUCCGUACAAGAACCUACUAUGACGUCACGAAACGUAAACAAAGUUUGGCGGACCGGAAGUUGAAUGACGUCAUCAUAAUAUUAAAGACAGUGUCAUAUUGGGGAAAUACCCAUAGUGUACAAUUGUUUGUAUGAAUCUUGAUUGUGACGCAACAUGUGAAUAAAGUAUCGGAUCGAA